AUGGACCCGAGAGAUACAGACAUCGAAAUGAAACUAACCACUCCAAAUCCAGAGGUGGCCCACAGCCACAAACAAUCAGCCAAAAUAAAAUCAGUCACAACCCUCCAAUCCCAGAUCGAUUCAAUCCAAUCCGAUCUAAACGAAAUUCUCCCCAAGCUACACAACGAUCCCAACAAAACAGUCAAGCAACACAUUCACCUCCUGCACUCUUACAAUGAGAUCAAGGAUGUGGCGCAGGGAUUGAUGGGACUACUGGCCGAGAGUCGAGGGGAGAGAAUUGGGGACGUGAGUAGGAGUUUUGGGAUGUUGGAGAAGGAUUGA